CGCUACCCCCACCGCUGCAGUCAGCAUCAGCCUGUCUGGACACCUGAAGUUAUGCUCAUGUCUCAAACUUGCUUGCACGUUGGUGGUUGCCACUGCGGGUCAUCUCCGUCAGGGCCGCCGCACGCCGGUAGCAUCGCUCCGCUUGUAGUCUCCGAGGAACUGCCUUCGGUCGAAAAUUUGCAUCCAUUCAAGCUACAUACCCACCACCUCCCAGUUUUCACCGAACAGGUAAUGGAAGGGACAUCUGGUUUGCCCGACCAGCCAAGGAAGUUUGGCUUACUGCAGGCUGUCAAGUUACCAAGGAAGCCUUCCCUGCCGUCACUAUUCAUGUCCUCUACUAGUAGCUCGUUUCUCCAAUCGUACCUUCCUUCCGAUCUUCCAUCUUCACAUGUAGUUUCAGACCCUGUCAUGUCCACCGAGGACACCAGAGAUGUAAACGAUGACCCGAAUUUCACCAUACACGCUCCUUCAUCACUAUUAUUGGACGACGAUCCGUUCGCCCUGCUCAUAUCAUCAAUCCCGCCCUCACUUCACACUCACUCUUUGCUGGAUAUGGGUUGCCCUUCAAUUUCGGAAUCGGUCAAACCUUGCACUGUCCAGCUCUCCCCCAGGGCUCAUGUUCCUCGAGCAAGCUCUGCACGUCCCAAAUCAAGUCAUGGCCAGGUGCGCCCCGCCCACACACGGCCCGCAUUUACACCACGUCCUUCGUUACCCUCGCUACGCACUCUCGCGCAAAUGAAUGUCGCCGUUCCUAGGAAGGUCCGAAAAGGAACCGUUGGAGCGCGUUUACCUCACGAGCCUUGGGAUUUGGAUCUCAGUGCCGAUUCCUGUCUGCCCACCCGCAGUGGUUCCUCAUUUGCGCCUUCUGAAGAGAACAAUACCAUGUUCGUACUGCCGCCUGCGGGGUUACCCGCUGAGAAUGAGGCCGAGGGGGGUAACGGUGGUUCUUCCAGUGAUGUCAAUGGCCAGUCCGCGUUGCACGGCGGAUCCAUCGUGACUUCCGUUGACAAUGUUGCCAGGAAAACUCAAGCUCCCGAUGAGGUGGUCUCUUCACUGCUGUUGUCAGCGCAUGAUGCCGAUACAUUGGGCUGAGCGAAAAUACCCAUUCGAGCAACAAUGAUGUGUUGGAUCAGAAAAACUCUGUUUGCCUUGACUACGCAAAUUUGCCCGCAGAUGGCGACGAGGACCUACUAAGUUACCACUCGGACUUCGAUUAUUAUUACAC